GAUAAUAUGACUUCCUGGUUCCUCCUGUGUCUCCUGCUCUGCUGCACGCUGGUUGCUGUCAGUGGUGACAGUGCGUGUUGGUCUCCCAGUGUCACUUCUUGUGCAGAGUGCCUCAGACGUGGACCCCAGUGUGCCUGGUGCUUCAAAGAGGACUUUCUGGAUGGGGUGGGUCCGAGCCAGCGCUGCGACCUGCCAGUGAAGCUGUCCAAGAGAGGCUGUGAACAGGAGUUCAUGGAGCAGUCACAGAUCAAGGUGGAGGUCAACGCCACCAUCAGCAGCACACAAGUGUCUCCACAAGACAUUAGCAUCACCCUCAGGCCAGGUUCAGAGGCUAGCGUCGUGGUGGCUGUGAAGCAGCUGGAGCGCUAUCCUGUGGAUCUGUACUACCUGGUUGAUGUAUCAGCAUCUAUGCAGGAAAACCUUGAUCAUUUGAAGACAGUGGGUGUAGCGCUGUCCCUUCGUAUGACGGCGCACUCCUCGGACCUUUGGCUGGGUUUUGGCUCAUUUGUGGACAAACCUGUCUCCCCUUACAUCAAUGUGCACCCCUCCAAGAUCACCAACCCCUGCAGUGAUUAUGAGAUCCGCUGUCGUCCAGCCCACGGCUUCCACCACGUCCUGAGUAUGACCGGUAACAUGAGCGAGUUCACGCGUACGAUCAAACGCCAGCGCAUCUCUGGAAACAUGGACACACCUGAGGGAGGACUGGAUGCUAUGCUGCAAGCUGCUGUCUGCCAGAGAUCGGUGGGUUGGCGACCAGAGGCCAAGCGGCUGCUGCUCCUGAUGACAGACCAGCCGUCUCACCUCGCCCUGGACAGCCGGCUGGCAGGGAUUGUUACGCCACACGACGGCCUGUGUCACCUGGAAAACAAUGUCUACACAGGAAGCACUAGGAUGGACCAUCCCAGUGUGGGUCAGUUGUCUGAUAAGCUGCUUGAAAACCACAUGUACUCCAUCUUCGCUGUGGAGAAGCAGCAGUACCAGUGGUACGAGGAGUUGGUACGUUUUCUUCCUGGCUCGUACCUGGGAAAGCUAGGCCUCUUUCAGGCCCCAAACCUUAUAGAGCUGGUGGUGGACGCUUACAAGAGGUUGUUGUCGGAGGUGGCAGUAUCAGUGUCAGUGGAGGACAAGGCAGUCAGCAGGUACUGGGUGUCUGUGUCUCCUCUCUGUCCCAAUGGAUCCACCGCAAAGGACCAGAUUUGCUCGGGGGUGCAGCCCGGCCAGACGGUUUACUUCAAUAUCACUAUCGGAAUGCGCUCUUGUCCUGACGAUGCUGACGAUGAAGAUGUAACAGUAUUGGUUCGACCAGUGGGAUAUAACGAAUCCACCGUCGUUAGGAUCCACUCUAAAUGCGGAUGCAGUUGUGGACCAACAAGGCGCUGCAAUGACGAGAGCGAAUCACCAUGCAGAGGCAGCUCCAAUGAGGAGCAGAGGCCAGAUCACGGACUUAUUAAGGACUCGGACAAACAUUCAAACUGGAAUUGCAGAGCGGAUGGGUCUGAUGUGGACUGCAGUGGUCGGGGAGUGUGUGAGUGUGGGAGGUGUGUGUGCGAGCAGACCAGGCUUGGCACAGUAUAUGGGAAAUACUGCGAGAUAGACGACUUCUCCUGCCCGUAUGACGGGGGACUGCUGUGUGGAGGGCGUGGUGUGUGUGUGUCAGGUGAGUGUGUGUGUGAGGACGACUGGACUGGUGAUAGCUGCGGUUGUCCCGUCUCCACUGCAACCUGCCAAUCAGCCAACGGGUUGCUGUGCAGCGGUUUGGGCAAAUGUAUGUGUGGCAAGUGUGUGUGCGACGACCCCCGACGCUCUGGAGACUUCUGUGAGAGAUGUCCUGCUUGCCAAAGCACCUGCCAAUCAUACUGGAAGUGUGUGGACUGCCACCUGUCUCACGGCCUGACACAAAAAGAGACUGGACAUUGCAACAACACCUGUGCACCACUGGUGGGCUACAUGGAUGUUGUCUCAGGCCAAGCAGGGGAGAUGUGGAUUCAGUGUAUGUACAUCAGUAAUGACAGCUGUCGCUAUCGGUUUCAAACAAGCUCACAUUCGGGCCAAACUCAGCUUCACAUCAGCACGAGACCAGAGUGUGCCAGCAACAGCCGUCUGGUAGGGACAUUCCUGAGUGUGUGUGCUCUCACAGUGCUGUGCGGGCUGGUGGUGGUGGCCGUGUCCCGGCUGCUGCUACAGAAGAGAGGCUUGUCACCAGGGGGCGCUGCUGAAGACGGACACUAUCACUGCACUGGAAAGGACCUGUCAUUCAUCCCAACAACCAAUGAGAAAACGGUUACUUACAGGAGGGACUGUUCACCUGACCGCCCCGUCGAGAUGCACAUCCAGGGUCCCAAGAUGCCCCAUGGCGACCCCUGGCAGUGCUAGGUAAAGGGCAAAGGUCAAAACUGGAAGGAAGUUAGUAGAGACAUGAAGAAGAAGGAGGGUCAAGUAAAGGCUUCUUUUCUGCCUUUAAACCUUCUUAAACCUUCUAAAACUUCAACCCGCGCAUGUGGAGACUGAUAAUGAUGAACUAAACUGUGAAACCUCCAUGGGAUCAUAUUUGUUAAAUGAACUGACCAAACUCGUAUCCACUGUUCGACUAAUGAGGCCAGUAUCCUGGAAAUGAAACCUGGAAAAAUCAAGAUGAAACAAAGAGCAAAUGUCCCCCACCUCCUCUUCCUCUUAGAGAGCUAAGUUAUGUGUGGGUGAGAGAGAGAGAGAGAGAGAGAGAGAGAGAG